AUGGCUACUACCGGCUCAUCCGUCCUUGAGCACGGCGUAGCCCUCGACGAGUCCAUCGUCCCCCAGGCUCAAACCAACGGCAUUCCUCCACCUCCUGCAGUCAACGAUGACUCAAAGGCACGCCUCCGCGCAUGGGCAAUGAAAUAUCGCGGCGCCACAGUCGCCGACCUCGACCUCGCCCCGGCCCUCUCCACCUCCCCCAGCACUUCCCUUGAAGAAGCCAUGCUCUCCGCCUCCUCCCACGACUACUCCCACCUCACCGUCCUUUCCGAAAAUACACGCUCACUGCUUGGCUACCUCCCCAUAUCGCGCCUCAAGACCCUCUUCGAGACACGGCAGAUCCAGCCUACUGACCCAGUUGAGAAAGCAAUGGUCAAGUUCCAACGGGGCGGAGGGAAGAAGUAUCAGGUCAUCACAAUGGAGACAGAGCUGUGGGAGCUGGAAGGAUUCUUUGAGGAUAUUGGGGAGUAUGCUACUGGAUCGAAGCAGGAUUUCGCGGUUGUGACGGAUGGCGGUAGGAAGUUUGUGUUGGGGGUGGUCACUAGGAGUGAUCUGAACGAGUUUGUGAAGAGAAGGCCUAGUAUGGCUGCUGAGGUGAGGCCGCCGAUGCCCUGA